AUGUACAUCAUGCUCGCUGGCGGCCAUCCCUUCGACUACGACAAGAUGCCGGGGGAGUCGGAGUGGUACUCCUACAGACAAUCGGAACCUCUUGACGACGGUUCCCAGAUCUCACUAUCGCAGAAUUCCGUGCAGACCGAUUGCAUCGUUAAGAAGAGGAUUGUACAUUGCGAGCCGGAGUUUCCGGGUAUGCUCUGGCGUUCGAUCCCUCAUGCACAAGCCCUCUGCAGUCACCUUCUCGUCUAUGAUUACCUCCACCGUGCGACAGUAUUCCAUGCUCUCCAGAGUGAUUGGUUCCUCUCAGAACUGGCCGAGCUGGAAGCCGCCUACAACGAGCGUAUCGGUGCUGCAUAG